AUGAACAAUUAUGAUGAUGAUAUUGAAAAAAAUAUUCAAAAUUAUAAUUUUAUUUGGAAUUUUUUAAAUCUUCGUGAAAAAUUUCAAGAUAUAGCUAAUCAUGUUAAUAUAACACAAGAUUCAUUAAAAAUAACAAAAGAAUCAUAUAUAAAAUUAUUUAAAAAACAAAUUGAAAAUUUAGAAGAUUUAAAAAAGUCGUGUUCACAAGAUAUUAUUAAUCAAGCAAUUGAAGAGGAAAAAAAAUCAGUAAAUGAAAUGAUGAUAAAACUUCGAAAAGCAACAACAGCAGAUGAAUGUAAAAAUAAAUUUGAUGAAUUAAAAUGGCAUAUUUUGAAAUUAAUUGAUAUUGAAAAAAAUUGUAAUCAUCAGUUAUCAGAAGGUAUAAAAAUAUCAUGUAAUUUGGUUGAUAAAAGUUUAUGGAAAAGUAAUGAUGAAAUUAUGGAAAAAUGUAUAAGUGAAUGGUUACAUUUACGAGAAAAAUGGUUUAAAUUAGUAAAAAUGUAUGAAAAAGAUAUUAUUAGAAUUAAUGAAGAAGGUAAAAAAUUUCUACUUAAUUAUUAUAAAGAAUAUUUUCAAGAAAAACGUUUAAAAUACAUUGAAGAAAUACAAAAUAUCUUUGAAAAAUUUAUGAAUAAUCAAGAAGAAAUAAUUAAUCAACUAACAUCUAAAUGGCAUAAUGAAAAAAGUAUUUGGGAAAAAAAAAUUGAUAAAUUAACUAAUCAAAGAGUUGAAUUGUCAAUUUAUCUAUCUGAAUUACCAUAUAAAAGUAAUAAGAAAUUAUUUAUUAUUAAAAAAGAGAUAGUUGAAUUAAAGAAAGAGAUAAGUUUACUUAAGAUUAAAAAUUCUUAUAAAUUUCAAAAAGAAUUGGAAAAAAUAAAUGUCAAUUGCGUAUAA